UGUCUACAAGCCCUAUAAGAGUUGAGGAGUUUUUCAUCACAUUUGUUAAAGUCAUUGAGACAACAGGUGAAGCCCUAUUUGACGAACUUAAAAAAUUGCUUGACACUCAUGAACUUGACUUUAAUAAUGUAAGGGGACAAGGUUAUGACAAUGGCUCAAACAUGAAGGGAGAUAACAAAGGGGUACAAGCUAGGGUGUUACGAGAAUAUCCUAGAGCAUUUUAUACUCCUUGUGGUUGCCAUUCUUUAAACCUCGCCCUUUGUGAUAUGGCUAUGAGUUGUGUACAAGCAAAAACAUUUUUUGGUGUGGUGCAACGCAUCUAUAAAUUAUUUUCAGGUUCAACCAAACGAUGGGAGGUUCUGAAGAUGUACCUUAAAGAUGGUGAUGGAAAUGGUCUCACUCUUAAAUCAUGGUCAGAUACACGUUGGGAAAGUCGUGUUGCUAGUGUUAGAGCUAUAAGGUUUCAAGGGCCGCAGAUACAACAAGCAUUAGAACACUUGACCAAAUGUAGUAACGAUCCUAGCACUGUGAGUGAUGCAAAGUCCAUAUGUGAGUAUGAAAUGAACUUUGAUUUCCUUGUUGCUAUGGUAAUCUGGUACGAGAUACUCAACAAGGUAAACAAAGUUAGCAAAGUCCUCCAACAGAAAGAUAUGAUCAUCAGUUCAGCCAUUACUCUCUUGAAAGGUCUGAUUGCAUAUUUUAAAGAUUAUAGAGAAGAUGGAUUUGAGAAAGCCAAAGUUGAAGCUGAAAAAUUGGCGAUUGAAUUAAAUAUUCAACCCCAAUUUCGUGAAACACGAGUUCGUACCAAAAAGAGGUUUUUCGAUGAAAAUGCAAUGGACGAACCGAUAAAAUCAGCAGAAAGUGCAUUCAAGUUAACUUACUUCUUGUUUGUUGUUGAUAAUGCUAUAUCUUCACUUACUACUAGAUUUGAGCAGUUUCAAAAAUACGAGAAUACAUUUGGAUUCUUGUAUGACUUAAGUAAGUUGAAGGGACUUAGCGAUGAGCAAUUGAUGAGUUGUUGUGACACGCUUGGCAAUUUCUUGAAGCAUGAGGACAAUUGUGAUAUUGAUGUAGUUGAGCUGUUUUCGGAACUACAGUUGCUUGGAAAAUCUUUACCGGACUGCACAACAAAAGUGAUUGAAGUGUUGGAGUACAUAAAAGAUAUGCAUAUUUCUUUUCCAAAUGCUUGGAUUGCUUACAGGAUUUUGUUGACCAUUCCGGUGACAGUGGCUACUGCAGAAAGAAGCUUUUCAAAGUUGAAGCUUAUAAAAAACUAUCUACGAUCAACCAUGUCGGAAGAUAGA